AUGAAUACGGCAGUGAGAAGAAAUGCUUCUGUUAUGACAAGAAACUUCUGCAUUUCGGCGCAAGGAGAGCCUGUUCUAGAUCAGGAGUCUUCAUGGAAUUUCAACCAAGUUACUAACCAAACAGAGGUGGGUGGAAUUGGGCAAUUAAAUCCGAGGCAUUGUGAGAGAAACAACACUGGACAACGUAGUACUACUGUUAUACUGUUCCUUUAUACAAAAUAUGAAAAAAAAAACUACUUAACUUGAUGGAGCUUUCCUUAACUCUUAGCCAAGAUUUAGACGAUUUUCAUUUCAUUUUGAGCUACUCUCCCUGUUUAAAAGCCCCUGCUUGGGGGUCAAUUAGAUCCAAAUUAACAUAAAUCAGUUGACAGUAUACAUUCAGAACGGUGUGUAAUUCUUGUAGUUCUUUUGCUGUUCAGGAAUAGACCUUAUUUUGUAUGUUUUUCUUUCUUAUUUCAGACCACUUGCUCUACCCCCAGAGACUGUUUCUUUUAAUUAGUUAUAUCCACGCACGUAAGUGUUCAUAACUUUGAAAAGACAACUGUGAUUCCUUUAAGAACAUCACAUGGUCUGAAUUGAAAAAAAAACUCACACACACACACAGGCAACUAUUAAAUUUCUGAACGGCAGAAAAAUGUUCUCGAUCGUAAAUAUGCCAGACAAAUUAAUUUUGCUCAGAUUCAGUACAACAUAUUGGGAGCAAAUCUGUACGUAUAAGUUAACAUUUUUCUCUGUAUCCUCAGAAUAUAAAUAUGGAAAGAGGAGUACAAGUAUGGGAACAACAAGCAAACCACUUCUCUUUGGAAUACCGUACAAAUUCGACGUGAGACAUAAGUGUUCUUAAUCAUAAAUGUUCAAACAUUUUUCCUGACUUUUUUCCACGCUCGUUCAGUUGACAAUCCCCUAACCUGAGAUCCGGCUCAAUUUUUGUUUCGCUUUGUAAACAACAUUCCGGAGGGCAAGGCGAAACGAUUUUAGUGCUGGCCGUUAGAGAGAAUGUAUGAGAACCGCUAAAAUAGGGCCUGAUCUCAGGUUAACAAUCCCCUGGACCCGGUCAUCUAGAUUCUAAAAUUCUUAUUCUAGGCCAGACAGGCGAUUAGUUUUUGCUUUUAUCUACGAUUCAUUGUAUUCAUCUUCCUGUAGAUACCGCUGUGACUAUUGACUAGAUAGUCAAUAGGGUGUAAUAACUGAGUAUAGGAGUAAAAAGGCUCAAUGAUAGAAAAGAAUUAAGCUUCAUAUAGAGGUCCCUAGAUCCCGAAGACAGGAUAACUUCCAGUGGCUGUUUGUCAGUCAAUUCCUUUGGAGCUAACGCAGUUCCACAUACCGAUUGGAGCCUCCCUUUAAACUCCUUCCGCCAACUAAUCUUUUCUAAAUAAAAAUAUUUUAUAAAGCUGUUUGUUUUGUGCAUUUUUUAAAUAGAAUUUAGUUCUUUGUUACAUUUAGCCGAAUACAUAAACAGCAAUUUUAUAAUAAAGUAUUAUUUACUUAGGAUCUGAGACUAAAACACCUAUUUCCUCUAUUAAUCUACAGCGAAAGAAGAUAUAUAGCACUUCAAUUUUGGAGCAGUUAUACUGAUUUUACUGUCACCUUGUCAAACUGACUACUCCUACUUUUUUACUUUUCAGAUCUACCUGUCCGUUUUGUGGUGGUCCCAUUGCUCGCCAAAUUCUUGGCCAAAUUGCAGACGAGAUUUUCAGCCAAAUUUUCAGGAAAAUUCCAAGUGAACUAUAA